UAUUACCUCGGCCGGGACUUGAACCCGGAUCUCUUGUAUUCCAUACAAGCGUCCUAAGUAGACACUUAUAAUGACUCUAACCAAGAGCUUAUAAUGAAGAGCUAUAUUAAGCCAAGGAAUACUUGCGAUAUUUCAAGAACCAAUAAUCCAUGGAAAAGAUUAAAACUUUUGAGAAAUCAGGACACAUGGAACGGAUUUGCCGAAGAUCUCUCUCUUAAUCUCUUUAAUUACUGGCAUUGAAAACGAAAGCCGGAGAAAAAUCCUACAUUUUGUUACUCAGCGAAAUCUAAAAGAUACAGAACAUCUGUAACAACGAUGUAUUCUGAAACACUACGUUGGUAUUCCAAGAAUGGACACGGAGGACGUUGUGUUUUGCGCCUUCUAACUUUUACGAAGGAUUUUCUCAACAAUGGCAUUACGAUUACUGGAUCAACUACCUUAUUCAAACGAAACAAAAAGGGCAUAAGUGUAUUUUAUUGGCUACAAGAACGUAUUGUUAUGCCCGUGCCUUGGCGACAUCCGUGGUGUAUUGAAGAGAGAGCAUUGUCGAAGCGACUAGCCGUUCAACUUCUUAACAAGAUCUUCAGAUUUGGAUGUGAGCCGUCGUGUCCAGACGUAUUUCUUCAUUUGCAUUAUCAUUUAUCGUUCAUUGUAUUUUGUGUUCUCUUUGUUAAUAAACGUUUCUUGUUCUCCCUUUUACAUUCGUGUUCUUUAUUUCCACGGUUCGGGAAUGGGUGAACGCGUCCGCGAGAGCGACUUCGCGAAUCGACUACACGGGUGCAACAUUUGCGUAUCAUUACUUUUCAACGUAGUCACUACUUACAGCUAUAUAUUUUUCUCAACGGUAAACCAGUUUUUUCAUCUUAAUGAAGAAUUCCGGCAGUCUUUUCUUUAUCCACGACUUGAUUGCGUCUUUUAGUUUAUCAUAUGAAAAAUAAAUUCUAGUAAUAUUAAUCGUUG